UACUGCUGGGUUCAAACAGGCACACUGACAGAUAACUCGCCGUAACAGCUUUGUUAUUAUUUUAACAAAUUUCUAAUGGAUUUCAUACACGAAUCUGUGGCGCUUGGCGUCGAUUUACUCAUACUCGGACUCUGUGUACGCGAAUAUGCUAGCUACAAGAACACCGUCAAGGUGUUGAAGGCGGCGCCACAAUACAACAUAGAUGGUGAGCUGAAGAACAUUGUGGCACGGCAACAUGACAAAAAGAUACCAUAUGCCGUUAUACGAGGCACAGUCACGCCCAUUGGCGUGCCACUGCGCAGCUCAUUUGUGCCCACUGUGAGCGGCGUACUGCAAAUUGUGAAGCUGCACGAGCAUCGCGUGAUGCGCGCCUUUGCCGGCUUCUGGGCAGAGCAGCGCAAGCUGCUGCACGAGAGCACCAAUGAGAUGCCCUUCGAGCUGUGCAAUCAGCAACAUGGCGUGGAGAUUGUCGAUGCAAUCAGUGCCGCUGUCCUGGACGUAGACGUUGUCUACGAUAACUAUGAGUCCACAUCUCUGUCAUUCUUCGAUCACGUCUUUGGCUUCUUUACGGGUGUGCGGCAGAAAGGACUGCAGACUACGGAACAAGUGCUUCGCGAUGGCAGCUUCCUGACCGCCAUCGGUGAGCUGGAAAUGGAUGGUCAAACGCUACGCAUGCAGCCCUCCAAGCAGGGACCACUCUUCCUAACCACUGCCACCAAAUCGACCCUGAUUAAACGAUUUGAAGAUGCCAAGUCCUCUACUCUUUUUAAGAUUAUAUUGUGUAGCAGCGUAUCCAUUGUCCUGGUUGGCCUCAUCGUGCGCAAGGUCUAUCGCAAGAAGAGACAGGAACGUGAGGAAGCUAAGAUACGCACCCGCCUGGAGUCGGAGCGACGGGAGCGACGUGCACGCAGCCGUCCGCAUACUCUGACGCAGGAUCAGCUCUGUGUUGUGUGCUCCACAAAUCCCAAAGAGAUCAUUCUGUUGCCCUGCGGUCAUGUGUGCCUGUGCGAGGAUUGUGCCCAAAAAAUCGACGUUACUUGCCCCGUUUGCCGCAGCAAAAUUGGCUCGAAGGCGGCCGCAUUUAUUGCCUAGUUGUUGUGUUAUCCAGCUCAGUUAGAAUCACCUGUAUGUAACUGUCUCGAUAAGUGUUUGUUACUGAGCUACUUUAGUGUGCAAUUUUCCAUAUUGAUAAAAUUCGUUUCAUGUGUUGUCCAAGCCAAUCUAAGCACUGUUUCCCUGCAUAAUGUUUCUAUACUCUCGCUGAUGCUCCAGCAGCCUCAGAAAGACCUUGUAUUUUCGAUUGUGCAGCUCCACAGUGUUGGGAUUCGGCAUCAACAGCUGCCCAGUGCCACCCAUUGCCUUCGAAGCGCUCUAUAAAAACACAGAUGCGAAUUUCGUUAAUAUUCAUCUUGCAGACGUGAGUUAGUUCUGCUGCAGACAAACCUCAAGGCUGUCGUAGUGACCGGCAGCAGCAGCGCCCAAAACGGCUGCACCCACCAGCACCAUUUCCUGCUCGUCGGGAAUCAGGGCAGGCAGAUUGCAAGCAUCCGCAUGGCAUUGCACAUAGAGUGGAUUCUUGGCCAAGCCGCCGCAAAAGAGCAGCGUCUGAAAUGCGGCCCGCUUGUGCUGAUAAAGAUUCUCAAUGAUGUGUCGGGUGCCGUACUAAAAAUUGAUCAAGUGUGAAUAAAUAAACGGAUUUAAA